GUAAAAUUAACCACAAAUAUUAAAUUAAUGAAGCCAGAAUAUUUCGGUCGAAAAGAAUUGUACGACGUGAUUAAUUACACUAGAAUUUUUGUUUUUGUUCAACUUGUAAAUUUUACUAUUUGUGGCCUAGCAUACAACAUUUUUUAUAUUUAUCCUGCUGUAGAAAAACGAAAGACUUACGAGCACGAAGCACUUUUUUGCAGCGUAGAAAUUGGCAUUUACUUUAAUUUAAUUACGGGUGGAAUAUUGUAUCUAAUGUUUUUACUUUUUUUGCUUGUAAUCAUAUUAAUUAACAUUUUCCAGAAGCUAUCGGAAGAUCUGCAACUACUAAAAAUGUAUCAUCCUAAUUUGGAAACGGAAUUAGAAGUAAUUAUGACACAACACAAUGCACUUUGGGACUAUGUGAAACAAUUUAAUGGUCCAUUUAAUUAUGUAUUGACAAUUUUGUACAGUUGUCUAAUAGCGGGAACCAGUUUACUUUAUUAUGUUAUGAUGUUUUUGAAAAUGGAAUUUGCAUUGAGAGUUUUCAUUUGCAUAAUUAUUUUUACAGUAUCAUUUAUUUGUAUUUCAGUAGGAUUUUUACCAUCCGCUUUUACAUCUACUAUGCAAACAUCGUUUCAGGACAUUCGAAGAUUCGCUGAAUGCGAUUUGAAAUUGGAACAGAAAUUAAAAAUUGUGAAUUUUAUGAAAAGAUUUGGGAAGGCAUCUUUAUGUUUAUCUAUCAACGGUUUCUUCGAUGUUACCAAGAAGUUUCCAGUCAAGAUGUCCAGCACUCUCUAUUCUGUGUUUUCGAAUCUGUUAAAUUUGAGGACCGUUUCCACGAAGAAAUACUGCUCUUACUGAGAUUUGAACUUAAGAAUCUAUUCUUUGAAUUUAAUUUCAUCUCAUAACGUUUCAAUUAAUAAAUAUAAAUUAAUUCAUCUAUAUAUGAUUAUUUAGAUACACUGUUUUCGUUUCUUGACACAUUAUUGUCAAAUUGUGAUAGAUUGCAUUGUUAAAAUUAGAA